GGCAAGAGGAUUAUGACAGUCUGGCAUGAUGUAGAUGACGUGAAGGCUGUGUAUACCCCAAUCUUUGGUAAACCACAGGGUGCAGAUAAAUUCAACGAUGACUUAGCUUUUGGACGACAGAGACUUGCCAGUUUGAAUUCUUCACUUAUCAGCCUGUGUACAACAAUACCAGAAAAGUUUGGAGUGACGGAAGAAUUGAUCAAACCAUUUUUAGAAGGUAUGACUAUGAGCAAAGCCAUUGAAGAAAAUAAGUUAUUCAUUAUUGACUUGGAAAUUUUGGAAGGAUGUCCUGCAAAGACAGAAACACACGUUAUAACUUGUCCUUUUGCUCUGUUUUAUUUCAACAAUGACCACCAACUUAAGCCGAUAGCCAUUCAGUUAUUUCAACAGAAAGGACCGGAUAAUCCAGUCUUCUUACCAUCAGAUCCACCAUACACGUGGUUACUUGCAAAGAUGUGGUACAACUUGGCUGAUGCUACAUACCACCAAGCUCUUACUCAUUUGAAUUUUACCCAUCUCAUGAUGGAAGGAAUAUGUGUUGCAACAAACAGACAACUGUCGCCAUCGCAUCCUAUGUUUAUACUACUGCAUCCGCAUUUCAAAUAUAUUAUGGCUGUAAACGCCAUGGAUUUUUGGAGCUUGGAAGACUAUGGGACAUUACCAGCUGAUUUAAAAAGACGAGGGGUUCUUGAACAGUCUGUCUUAACUGAUGCCUAUCAGAUGAGGGAUGAUGCGCUUCUCCUUUAUGACGCCAUCAAAAAUUACGUUCAGAAAUAUGUGACUCACUACUAUGAAAACGAUAGUUCACUUCAAGAAGACAAUGAAAUACAGGACUGGGGUGCAGAAAUUGUUAUGUCAGUAGAUGAUGGUGGUGCUGGAGUUAAGGGCGUCAAAAAUGGAGGGAGAUUUGAAACAACUGACCACCUAGUUAUGACAUUGACACCAAUCAUUUAUGCAUGUAGCGUUGGACAUGCUGUAGCCAACUACCAACAGUAUGAAGAGUAUGGAGAUCCAUUUAAUUACCCAUUUAUUAUGCAUGGAGUUCCUCCUAAGGAAAAGGGUGAAGUGUCGAUUGAAACUAUUUUGCAAUCUAUUGCUACAAAAGACGAACUUCUAAAAUUAAUGGCAAUCACGAAACUACUAAGUGAGAAAGAUAAACAGAAACUUGGUGAUUUUGAGGAAUUGACAUUUACAGAUCCACCAGCCAUUCAAAUACUAGAAGAGUUUCAACAAAACUUGAGAGAUAUUGGUAAAACAAUUGACGAACGGAACAAAUUGAGAGAACCAGCUUAUGACUGGCUUCAUCCAAGAACUAUACCAAAUUCUAUUUCUAUUUAGAGUUAUCGCUUCAAUCAACAACGAUAACACCAUCAUAUAAAUAUGUUGCAUGCUGACUUUUAUGAGAAUAUUAUUAACUUAAUGAAUGUGCCUUGUGAAGGAAUUAUGCGAAAAGAAAAAAAACUUGAAUUUCUUUAUACUUUGCCAAAAUGCAGUUUAUAUCGUGAACCUUAAAAAAGUAAAUACAAGUAUAAAUCACCAUACAGGAUGUUAAGCUGCAGAUGGUGCCGAUUUCUAACAUUUUGUGAGGGUUGUACAUAAGGACAAACAACCGUACUGAGUGACUUUCGAAAACA